AGUAAUUAGUUUCCACAGGAGCCACCCAGAAUGCAUCAUUCACCUGGGCCGAGACCCGUGCACACUGCGACGACCAGGCGUCCGUGGAAAAGGAGACCCUGGCGGAACGAGGGCUCCUCCAUUGGCAGGACCUAUCACCUGCCAGCCCUGUUGAUUAUCCUGCUUGUCCUCAUCCAAAACUUUGAGCUUCACAUGUGCCGGCAAUUGAUGAGGCAGCCGAGCGACAAACGAUCCCAGGACCAUCGGCUGCUCACCACCAUCGGAGGCAGUGCAGCCGGCGAGGUGACACCGCCGGGGGGCAUAUCUCCGGAGGAGGAUAAGCGUGGCAGGUCGGCUCCCAGUCAGCCGGAGGAGAUAUUCAGUGCUCCGGUCGACGACAGUGGGCUCAGCUACGAUGAGUAUCCGAUGGUGGUUCCAAAGCGAGCUGCCCUGCUCCUGGAUCGCUUAAUGGUGGCUCUGCAUCGCCUGGAACACGAGCGAGGUGGUCAUCGAAUUGGUGAAUUUUACUCGGAUAAAAACAUUCUAAAUGGAAAACUUAGUGAACUUCACAAUGGAUUGGAACCCCAUCAAGUAAGGGAGGAUGGCAUGUAUAGCGACGAUGAUCCUGGCAUUAUGUUGGAUUAUGAUUUCAAAGAUUUGAAUCAAAUCAAUCGCGCCACUGGCGAAACAAGAAGAGCCGGUGCGGAAUUGUCGGGCGCAGAUCGGGCGUCAGGAGGAGCCUCCACAAUACCGGGCUCUCCGGCUGGAUCCCGGCGUAUCCAUUCAUCCGGAUCCGGCGGUGGUCGUGCCUACUGGCGUUGCUAUUUCAAUGCCGUCAGCUGCUUCUAA